AUGGCCUCCAUUCCCAUUGAAGCUCCGAAUGACAUUCGGAUCUUGACUUUAAACUGCUGGGGACUGAAAUACCUCGCCAAAUAUCGCCAUGAGCGUCUCUCCGAGAUUGGAAGGCAGCUGGCACUUACUAGUCCGCCCCCGGAGAUAGUGGGCCUUCAGGAGUGCUGGACACAACAAGACUACGAGAGCAUUCGUGCUCAGACACAACAUAUUUUGCCGUAUGGGAAGUUCUACUUUGGAGGCAUAUUCGGCGCCGGCCUGGCGAUCUUGUCCAAAUGGCCCAUCGAGGAAAGCAGCAUGUAUUGCUACCCGUUGAACGGCCGUCCAACAGCUUUCUUCCGUGGAGAUUGGUUCGUGGGCAAAGGCGUGGCAUGCGCAAGAGUGCGAUUUGGUCCCGGGGUCGCCGACGUGGCUGAAGUAUUCUGCACACACUUGCACGCUCCCUAUGAGCGUGAGCCAAACGAUUCAUACCUUUGCCACCGCACUGCUCAAGCUUGGGAGAUCUCCAAGCUGAUGCGCGGCGCCGCCGAGCGUGGACAUCUUGUUAUUGGAUUGGGCGACUUCAACAUGCUGCCAUCGUCAUUCGCUCAUCGACUCAUCUCAGCCCAAAGUCCUGUUCGCGACGCCUGGCGCGAGCUGCACCCCGACUCAUCCGUUGGCGCCGCCAUCGAUGCCGUCGAGAAAGCCAGGAAUCGUCCUAUUCCAACCGCUGAAUUCAACCUAGUCGAGAACGGCGCCACUUGUGACGGCGCCUACAACACCUGGCGCUGGUCCAAACCCCUUCAAAAACGCCUCGACAAGGGCGAAGAAAUCACAAUCGACAAAGACGGCGCGGACCCCCGCGCCAAACGUCUCGACUAUAUCUUCGUCGGAGACGGUGGUUAUGCACCCGAAUUCCCUCCGCCGCGCUGGUCAGUCCAGACCGUCCAAGUCAGCAUGACCCAACGCCAUCCAACGCUCCGCUGCUCUCUGAGCGACCAUUUCGCCGUCGAAGCCCUCAUUACUCGGGCAUCUAAUCCAGUUUCCAUACAUUCUGAAGACUCUGUCCCUGCAUCACCAAGCUCCGCGUUCCACAAAACAACAUCAACCCAUAUAUCCCCUAAUACCGCCCUUUCCCCAGAAACGUACGACCUCAUUAUCGAGAUGAUCCACAAAUAUGCCCGUCGAGAACGGUCCCAACGCCGCUGGCGUCUCGCACACUUCGUCAUUUCGGUGGUUAUCUCCAUUGGAUGCAUGGUCGGCGUGUGGUGGGUUGGUAGCCGGACUUACAUCGGGUUCAUCUUGAUCUUGGUCAGUACACUGAACCUCGGAGCCGGAAUUCUGGAUGGUCUCAUCGGUGGAUUGUUUGUCUCGAGUGAGUUGCGUGCAUUGAAGGAGUUUGAGUGGGAGGUCAGGAAUGCUAGGGGUCUGGUACUUGCUCUGGAGCGUGGUGCUGCUGGUUCUGAUGCUGGUUCUAAGGGCGACGCGGAGUAA